AAGCGUGGAGUGCGGAACUAUAAUACUAUGUUUGUGUGUGGGGGUCGGAACUCGCGGUGUGACGGACCCAUGCCUCAUUUUGUUUAAACGUGAGAUCAUUCUGAUAUAUUACCUUUAGAAAAAGCCAAAAAGUUUACAGCACAUUACUGGACACUUCCAUAAUUGUAUCUGUUGAAACGAAGUCUUAUCUGUUGAGUUGUGAGAGAUGGGGCGACUGAGAAAGAGGCACAACUGGAAGGGACGACAGCAGGACAAGACACAGCCACCCCCGCAGGUCAAGGAGGAGGGGAAGACCGUUGUAGUGGAACUCAAAGAUGGUGCCAACCUAAAGGGGUUGGAUGAGAGCAACGCCCUGGUCCUACCAGCCACCAAAACCAAGAAGAAGAAAAGCAUUGAGAAGGCCGUUCCUAAUAAACGUCCCUUGACUAAGAAACAGAGGAAAAAUCUGCUGAAAGUCCUGGAGGUCAAAGAGAAGAAAGCCAAGAGAGUAGACAUCCUGUCCAAACUGGCUGAAGUGCAGCUUCCUGACUCUGAACUGAAGCUGCUUUACACCACCUCCAAACUGGGCACAGGAGACAAGCAGUACCAGAACAAACAGACUCCUGAUGAGGUUGAUGAUGAAGCCUCAGGACCCAGGAUCAGCAGCCUGAGUGGAGCCAACAGGAAGAGGAAACGAAGAAAACAUCAGGAGGAGGAGGAGGCGGCGGCGGAGGAGGAGGAGGAGAGUAGUGGAUUAGACUCAUCGUCUGAUGAAGAGUUGGAUGAUGGAGGGGUUGAGGCCACUGAUGUCUUCGAAUCCAAAGAGCCGGCCUCCUCCUGUCAGGUGGUAGAAGUGAAGGAAGUAAAAAAGGAAGAGAAAAAGGAGGCGAGGAAGGAGUCAGGUCCGGCCCCCAGUAAACAGCCAUCUCAGCCAGCAGUCUUCAUCCAUGUGGACCGACUGCCAGAGAUGCAGGAGGCCCGUUUGAGACUGCCAGUGUUGGCUGAGGAGCAGGUGAUCAUGGAAGCGGUGAAAGAGAACAGCUUUGUGGUUCUGUGUGGGGAGACUGGAAGCGGUAAAACCACCCAGGUACCACAGUUCCUGUAUGAGGCUGGAUAUGCCAGUGGUAGUGGCAUCAUUGGUGUGACAGAGCCUAGGAGAGUGGCAGCUGUUAGUAUGUCCCACAGAGUGGCCAAAGAGAUGAACUUGUCCACCAGUCUAGUGUCAUACCAGAUUCGCUAUGAGGGGAACGUGACCGCUGACACCAAGAUUAAGUUCAUGACGGAUGGAGUCCUACUGAAGGAGAUUCAGAAGGACUUCCUGCUCCAGAGGUACAGUGUGAUCAUCAUAGACGAGGCCCAUGAGAGGAGUGUGUACACAGACAUCCUCAUAGGCCUGCUGUCACGCAUCGUACCGCUCCGAAACAAAAAAGGCCUCCCCAUGAAGCUGAUAGUGAUGUCAGCCACUCUGCGGGUGGAGGACUUCACAGAAAACCGGAAGCUGUUUCCCGUUCCUCCGCCUGUCAUCAAGGUGGAGGCCCGUCAGUUCCCUGUCAGUGUCCACUUCAACAAGCGCACUCCUCUAGAAGACUACAGCGGGGAGGUGUUCCACAAGACCUGUAAGAUCCACCGCAUGUUGCCCCCGGGGGGGAUACUGGUGUUCCUGACGGGCCAGGCCGAGGUCCACUCCGUCUGUAGGAGGCUGAGGAGGGCCUUCCCUUUCAGGAGGGGCCGCACGGCUACUGGUGAGGUAGCGGAGGCGCCAACAGACACUGCCGAAGAGAUGAGGAGGUUUAAGAAAGUCAAACUGAAGAAGACCGUGUCUCUGCCCCGGAUUGACCUGGAUAACUACUCAGCUUUGCCUGUGGAUGAGGGGGAUGAGGACCGUCAGGCUGGGAUCGACGAGGAGGAGGGGUCUGACUUGGAACUAGGAGACCCCCCUGCAGACGACGAGGAGAAGGCAGACCCAUCCCUCCCUCUCUAUGUCCUCCCCCUCUACUCUCUCCUGUCUCCAGAGCAACAGGCCAAGGUGUUCCGGCCCCCUCCCCCUGGUACCCGCCUGUGUGUUGUAGCCACCAAUGUAGCAGAAACCUCGCUCACCAUCCCAGGGAUAAAGUAUGUGGUCGACUGUGGGCGGGUCAAAAAGCGCUUCUAUGACCGCGUUACAGGAGUUUCCUCUUUCAAGGUCACCUGGACCUCACAGGCUUCAGCCAAUCAGAGGGCUGGGAGGGCGGGCCGUACCGAACCCGGACAUUGCUAUAGGUUGUACUCGUCAGCUGUGUUUGGAGAUUUCAGUCUGUUCUCGGAAGCAGAGAUCACCCGCAGGCCAGUUGAGGACUUGGUACUGCAGAUGAAGGACCUCAAUAUAGAUAAGGUGGUGAACUUCCCGUUCCCCACCCCUCCCUCUACUGAGGCGCUGGUGGCAGCAGAACAGUUACUAGUUUCCCUGGGAGCACUGGAGGAGCCACCACGCAGUGGACAGGUAAAGGAGAUGGAACGAGCACGCCUGAGUUGUCCCAUCAGCCCUCUGGGUAGGGCGAUGGCGUCGUUUCCUGUGGCGCCCCGCUACGCUAAGAUGCUAGCGCUAGGGAAGCAGCAGGACUGUCUGCCCUACGUAAUCGCUGUAGUGGCAGCCAUGACGGUCCGGGAGAUUUUUGAAGAUCUGGACAGACCUGCUGCUACUGAGGAUGAAAGCUCCACGCUGGCCCAGCGUCGAGCUCGGCUAACACAGAUGAGGAGGCUGUGGGCUGGGCAGGGCGCUUCUCUACUGCUGGGCGACCUCAUGGUGCUGCUGGGGGCUGUGGGUGCCUGUGAGUUUGCUGGCUGCACUCCGAAGUUCUGUGAAGAGAAUGGACUGAGGUACAAAGCCAUGCUGGAGAUCAGGCGACUCAGAGGACAGCUUACCAAUGCAGUGAACUCAGUGUGUCCAGAGGUGGGUGUGUUUGUGGAUAGCAAGAUGGCUCCGCCCACUGAGAGCCAGGUGGUGUGUUUGCGUCAGAUAGUGCUGGCGGGACUAGGAGACCACCUGGCCAGACGGGUACAGCAAGAGGAACUCCUAGAUCCAAAAUGGAGGAACGGAUACAAGACCCCACUCCUGGAUGAGCCUGUCUACAUCCACCCCUCGUCAGCCCUGUUUAAAACCCUGCCUCCAUUUGUGGUUUAUCAAGAGGUCUUGGAGACCACCAAGAUGUACAUGAAAGGCGUGUCAGCGGUAGAACCAGAGUGGGUUCCCCAAAUUCUCACCCGGUACUGUCAUUUUGGAUCCCCGUUGGAGGUUCCGUCACCUUGGUUCUGUCCCUCGACGGGCAGGAUCAAAUGUCACUGCACCAGCACCUUCUUCCGAUGUGGAUGGCAGCUUCCUGCUGUUGAGAUGGAUUACCCAGAGGGCCUGGAGUGCUACAAACAGUUUGCCAGGUUUCUGCUGGAAGGACAGGUGUGUCCUAAACUGAAGCAGCACAGUGGUUAUCUUCUCUCCAACCCUACGAUCAUGACGAAGACCUGGGCAAAGCUCCAGCCCAGGACAGAAGCUCUGCUGGGGACCCUGGUAUCAGAGAGGGUGGACUGCCGAGACUUGCUGCUGUCAGCCUGGAAGAAAAACAACAAAUUCCUCUUAUCUGCAUACUGCCAAUGGAUCCCUGAAGCCAAACACCAGGAUGUGGCCAAGAGCUGGCCUCCCAUCUGAAGCCAGCUCUGCUCCUUGGCAAGCACCCACAUGUGAACCAGCCAUACCACCACAGGGCCCUCAACAAGGCCAAAACAGGAAGCUGAACUCUGCCAGCCACUAGAAACUGGCUCUUUAGGUGUUUUUUUGUUGUCAAGAAGCGCAAGGGCCAGUCCUUCCCUCUGGCCAGGUGUUCUUUUCUGGUUGUGUUGUGGAAGAGUUUUGAAACCGUUGUCUAUGCUGGUGUUAUUCAGGAUGUGGCGAUUGUACUCGGGUUUGUACAUCUUAUAUCCUUUUUUCUCUACAUCUUUUUUACUUGUCUUUGUAAGGCUCACAAUAAAGUGUUUUAAUGUGACAUUUA